CAGUGAGGAUAUUCGAAAGAAAAUAGUUUCAUUUUUAUUUUGAGUGAAUUCAGCAGAUGGCAGUAUCAACGACUUUUCCUGAAUGUGAUGCUGAACAAUAAGGGUCGCAACAGUAGAAUAUUCUGCAUGGAGUCAAUUUACGCUCAUCUUUCUAGCCUGAUGCCGCUUCCGAAAAAAUACGGUCGAGAUGUAGCCAAUUCAAGGUGGCUAAUAUUUUAUCGCUGAUGUCAGUUCAAAGGGUUGUAUUGCGCAAUACUUGAAUCGAUAUUAGCUAACUACAGUACUGCCAAAGAGGUCUGUGUGUGUAUAGUGCUCAUGGCGGAGUUUUUAGAAAACUGCGGGUUACCAUCACCGAGUCCUGUGGAGAAAACAGCCGUAUCUAGUGAUGAAAAAGACGGCAAGUCGCAGAGCGAAGUGUCGGUAUCAAACGGAGACUGUGGGCUAUCAACAGACAUGGUCGGUUCCAGUGUACCUGACAACCAGGGACUCGAAUCGUCCAACGUAUCUGCCGUUGUGGACGCUAAGUCUGGAUUACCUCGCAGGACUAGUAUAAUCAAGGAUGGUUCGAGACAACGGAAGGAGAGGAAGAAGACGGUUUCCUUCAGCAGCAUGCCCACGGAAAAGAAGAUCAGCAGUGCGAGUGACUGCAUCAACGCCAUGGUCGAGGGCUCUGAGCUGAGGAAGGUGCGGUCCAAUUCCCGCGUUUAUCACCGCUACUUCCUCCUCGACGCUGAUAUGCAGUCUCUCAGGUGGGAACCUUCUAAGAAAGAAUCAGAGAAGGCAAAGAUUGACGUCAAAUCCAUCAAGGAGGUGCGGACUGGCAAGAACACGGAUACUUUCAGGACCAAUGGAAUUUAUGACCAGAUUUCGGAGGACUGUGCAUUCUCGAUCAUCUACGGGGAGAAUUAUGAGUCUCUGGACUUGGUGGCGAAUUCAGCUGAUGUGGCGAACAUAUGGGUGACAGGCCUGAGGUACCUGAUAUCCUAUGGGAAACACACACUGAACAUGAUUGAGAGCAGUCAGAACAACCUGCGGUUCUCCUGGUUGUCUGAACUCUUUGAGGAAGCUGAUGUCAAGAACAGCAAGCUAAUAAGUCUGUGUUCUGCUGUACAGCUGAUCAAAAACUUGAAUCAAGGACUCAAAAAUGUUAAGAUUGAGCUCAAGUUCAAGGAAUUGCACAAAGCGAAAGAUAAAAUUGGGUGUGAUGUUACUCAGGAAGAGUUCAUGGAAGUCUUUCAUGACCUUUGCACAAGACCAGAAAUUUACUUCUUGUUGGUUCAGUUCUCUAGCAACAAGGAAUUUCUGGAUACCAAGGACUUGAUGAUGUUUCUUGAAGCGGAGCAAGGCAUGGCCCAAGUGAGUGAAGAUACCAGUUUGGAGGUCAUUCAGAGAUACGAACCCUCCAAGGAGGGGCAACUUAAGGGCUGGCUGUCCUUGGAUGGCUUCACCAAUUACCUCAUGUCGUCCGACUGCCACAUUUUUGAUCCUGAACAAAAGACAGUGUGCCAAGACAUGAACCAACCUCUUUCCCACUAUUACAUCAACUCUUCCCACAACACUUACCUGAUUGAAGAUCAGUUCAGGGGUCCCUCAGACAUCACGGGAUACAUUCGAGCCUUGAAGAUGGGCUGCCGAAGUGUAGAGCUUGAUGUGUGGGAUGGGCCGGACAACGAACCAGUCAUUUACACUGGUCAUACAAUGACCUCACAAAUCGUCUUCCGCAGUGUGAUUGACAUCAUAAACAAAUAUGCCUUUGUGGCUUCUGAAUUCCCUCUCAUCCUGUGUUUGGAAAACCACUGUUCCCUGAAACAACAGAAGGUCAUGUUCCAACACCUCAAGAAAAUACUUGGGGAUAAAAUUCACACAGAUCCUCCAAAGCCUGAGGAUAGUUACCUCCCUUCUCCUUUAGAGCUUAAGGGUAAGAUUCUUCUAAAGGGAAAAAAACUGAAUAGCACUUGCACAAGCACUGAAGGUGAGGUGACGGACGAGGACGAGGGGGCAGAGAUGUCACAAAGGAUGAGCAUUGAUGGAGGUGAGCAACAGACUGUUUCUCCACCCAAAAAAUUUCAGCUGUCUAAAGACCUCUCUGACUUGGUAACCUUGUGUAAGUCUAUUCAAUUCAAAGAUUUUCCAACAGCAUUCCAGAACCAGAAGCACUGGGAGCUUUGCUCAUUCAAUGAGGUCUUUGCCAGUCGGUGUGCUACCGAAUGCCCUGGGGACUUUGUGAACUACAACAAAAAGUUUCUUGCUAGAGUAUACCCAAGUCCGAUGCGUAUUGAUUCGAGCAACAUGAAUCCUCAGGACUUUUGGAAGUGCGGUUGCCAAAUAGUAGCCAUGAACUACCAGACCCCUGGUUUGAUGAUGGACCUAAACAUUGGUUGGUUCAGACAAAAUGGAAAUUGUGGCUAUGUGCUGCGUCCGGCCAUCAUGAGAGAGCAGGUGUCUUAUUUCAGUGCCAACACGAAGGACUCGGUGCCCGGAGUGUCUCCUCAGCUCCUUCACAUAAAGAUCAUCAGUGGACAAAAUUUCCCCAAACCCAAAGGCUCAGGUGCCAAAGGGGAUGUGGUGGAUCCCUACGUAUAUGUUGAGAUCCACGGCAUUCCUGCCGACUGUGCUGAGCAAAGGACUAAAACGGUCAAUCAGAAUGGUGACAACCCCUUGUUUGACGAGAGUUUUGAGUUUCAGAUUAACCUUCCGGAGCUGGCUAUGGUACGCUUCGUUGUGCUGGACGAUGACUACAUUGGAGAUGAGUUCAUUGGUCAGUACACGAUUCCCUUUGAGUGUCUACAGCCAGGCUUCCGGCAUAUUCCACUCCAGUCUCUGACUGGGGAGAUCCUUCCUCACGCCUGGCUGUUUGUUCACGUGGCCAUCACCAAUCGGCGAGGUGGGGGUAAGCCACAUAAAAGAGGGCUUUCGGUCCGAAAAGGCAAGCGGAGCCGAGAGUACGCAACCAUGAGGAUACUGCUUAUCAAGGCUGUAGAUGAGGUCUUCAAAACUGCCACACAGCCACUGCGAGAGGCCACUGACCUCAGAGAGAACAUGCAGAAUGCAAUAGUGGCGUUUAAAGAACUGUGUGGCAUGUCUGCGGUGGCCAACCUUAAGCAGUGCAUCCUGGCCCUCUCCUCUCGUCUGCUGGGGUCAGACAAUACCCCUGUCCUGCUCUUCAACCUCAAGGACCAGUACCCCACACUGGAGGUCCAAGGACUCCUACCUGACAUGUUGAAAAAGGUGGUCACUGCUUAUGAAAUGAUGAUGCAGACCAGUAGGGCAUUGCUGGAGAACUGGGAGGUUGUUUACGAGAAGAUUCUGCAGGUCCAGAGAGCAGCGAUGGAGUUUCACGAGAAUCUGCACGAGCUGGCUGUGAAAGAAGGACUGAAGGGCAGAAAACUGCAUAAAGCCGUAGAGAGCUUCACUUGGAACAUUACCAUACUGAAGGGUCAGACGGACCUGCUGAAACACGCCAGCAGUGAGGUCCUGGAGAACCUCAAACAGGUCCACUAUGCUGCUCUCACCAGUAACCUUGCCAAGGGAGGUCCGGCGGGAAGCUCGGGCUCCGAGGUCAAAGGCCGCCGUAGCCUGGGGGCCAUUCCAGAGAAAGCUGUGGGAGAGGAGGACAUCACAGACGAGGAGAACUGAAACUCCUCCUUCUCCUCUUCCCAGUCCCUGGACCCCCCUCUACCUGUCACGACGUCUCCUAAAGCUUUGUUGUGAAGUGGAGGUUUGGAGAUGUUCCGCUCAAGACGUUGACGUCGAGCAUCAAAACACCCAUUUCAAUGGUUCUCCUUCACCCUCUUCCCCUCCCCAGGAUUAUCUCAGAGGAAUUUCACUUUUUUGUGUUUUUUUUUUUUUUUUCUGUCAUGAGGAAAGCCCAGACCUCGUUACCGUUAUCUCUCUCUCUCUCUCUCUAUUAAAACCCUACAUUUUACAUUCUGUCCUUUCAACCGAAGUGUAUUAGUGGUGGAAAUAACAGAUCAGGGAAUCUGCCUAGUCUUACGCCUGCGUCGCUCCUUUAAAAGCUCUACACCUCUCUUCCCUUAAAAGUCCUUCCCUUUUCCCCCCUGUCCUC